UAAUAUCACAUAUUAAUAUACCAAAACACCCAUAGCCUUUAGCCAAAAUGUCAACAAACUCCCUGGCUGACUGGCUGUGCGUCUACGCAGCCGCGAGCCCGCCACCAUCCUUUUCUUCACUUGUGACCACAACCACCACCAAUACACACAUUUCACCAUCUCCUCGCGCGUGUACAGCACGCUCCUCCACUCUCCUUCCUCUCAGACUCAACGCUUUUUCACUGUCUCAACGUAAAAUUCUCUUUCGAGGCUUUCUGUCGAUGUCCCUUAACCAUCUCGGACCCACAUCUCCGGUGAACGAAUCGAAGCCGAUUCAACUCAAUGAAGAGUCCGAUUUUUACCAGCUCCUCUCUCCCGAGGCUCUCAUUUCCAUCUGUGGAUUCGGUUCUCUCCUCUCCGAGCACAGUGCGAGGAAUACGUUUCCUGAUUUGAUCAACUUCAGAGCAGCCAAACUGAACGGAUUCCGUCGCGUGUUCGCUCACACGGCUCCCGUUUUCUUCGAGCGUGGCAUCGCCAAACCUGAAACCAAGGAAAUUUCGAGCUUGAGUGUGGAGCCAUUUGAAGGAGAGACUUUGAUUGUUACAGUUUUUGAGAUUCAAAAGUCAGAGAUUCCAGCCUUUAUCAGAAGAGAGCACGAAUUCCGGUUUUUAGCUGUUUUUCCAGAAACGCUUGAUGGGAAGCCAUCUACAAAUCCCGCGGUGCUUUGUGCAAGAUCUAGUGACGAGGAAUUCUUCCAAAUUAGAUGCAAAGGAAGCAAGGAGAUUUAUUUCCAGCAUUACGGUCAAUACAACAUUGAUAAGAUUUGGAGGGAUGAUAUCUUACCUUGCCGUGUUUAUCUGCGGCACUGUGUGUUGGCGGCCAAAAAUCUUGGCAAUGAAGCUUACAACAACUUUCUAGACCACACUUUUCUCGGAGAUCGUAAAACAACAAUCCGAGAGUAUUUGGCAACUACUGGUUCAGGCAUCAUGGAGGAGGAGCCUCCAGAAAGUCUUAAGAGCCGAUAUGGUGGAUGAUUGCAACAGAUGAUGGACUGAUCAAAAUUGUGCUGAUAGAUUUCAAAAGCUCAGUUUGGAGGAUACAAUUAUCAAGCUUAGUUUACUAGUAGACAGAGAUUGCAACAAAUUCAAGAACAAUAUUUAGUUAGUUAUUCUCCCUUUAUUUUUAUCCCUCAAGAAAUGGCCGCUGCAGGGAGGUUAUAAUAUAAUAAAGUCCCCAUGAAAGUUGUCUUUCAUUCAAGAUGUACCGUCUGCGAGUGGUUCUGAUAUAAAAUAAUAAUAAUAAUAAUACUGCCAGUGCAGGGAAGGAUAUAAUAAGCUUCCAAUGAAAGCUGUGUUUAACAUUCUCCA